UGCCUGACGUACCGUGACGUGACACACGUGGUCUGUAGCGUCAUUCAUGUAUUCGCGGGCAGAGCAAAGGACUGGCGAAAAAGAAACUUCAGGACAUCACACUGGGGGACAAGACUGCAUGUUCACAGGGUCAGGUAUCCAAAGUUUUUUGCAGCAGUGUGAUCAUGCUCCACUAGAACACAAGAUACAGUCUUUGGAACAAGUACUCUUUCUUGGACGCGAAGUUGAGACGAUGCAAGAAGAGGCCGGGGGAACAAGACUAGCAUGUUCACUAUUUAAAGGUGAGGUAACCAUUUUGUUACAGCUGUGGACAUGCUCAAGACCCCCGGAUCACAAAGAUUCCUUGGACCUCAAGAACUCCAGACCCAACUACAGUUUGCUAGCGGCUUUCGAUGGAUUGUGCAGAAUAAUUUAUCUGGUCACCUUACGCUGGCAACACACUGACAUACGUCCAUCAAACGGUCUUUGCAGAAUCCUACUGCAGUGAUGUGACAUUUAAUCAAAGCCGAAGACUCAUGGUCCAUGCAUCGGCCUUGUGACGGCAGCUAUGUGUGGCUGAAAUGCACUCUGCAA